CUUGGCUUCAGAUUUCGGAUCUGUCAGGUCGAGUCUGACAUAUGUACACCGCUAAAUGACAUCGACAUUCUCAUCAGUGUUGGUUCGACCUCGUAAGGACUGAGCAUGGCUUCAGUUGACACGAGCAAGGUCAUGCCACUCUCAGCGUUUCAUCGCCUACCUCACGAAGUUUGUCUCCGAAUACUAAGUCAUCUGGACCCAAAUCAGUCCAAUCUCGAACGAGCGGCUCUAGCGACCUGUCUGAGGCUUUUUCCAGGACAAUCCGAAGCCAUUCACAAGAGCCUAUACGCCACGCUGGACCUUGACGACCUGUACGAAGAGUACGAACCGGAAGAAACCUUCGACGAUUGGCUUGAGCGAUAUGGCGAGACGAGUGCAGUGUUCAACGAGAAAGAUUGGCGACGACGGCAAAGACCUAUCGACCGUAGAUUGCUGGCAUACUGUACGCGGCUCAUUGUCCCUCGAUAUCUAUCUGGAUUCAAACGUGGAGAUUGGACAGCUGAGGAGUUUUCAAAUCUCCAAGUCUUGCAGAUCAAGGACAACCUACGUCCAACCCUUCAAGGAUAUACUGGACCCAGUUCCCAUAUAGCCACAAUGGGGACGAUGAUCUUCCCUUGUCGGAUCCAUAUUUCGAAGCACAUCGACCAGUGCUUCAUGUGCGAGUUUUUGAGGGACCUAAGACCGUCCAUGUUGGUGCUUGACACUUAUGAAAUUGGUGACAUGUGGACACCGACACUCAUGUUCUCACCAGGGGACAAUGGAGAAGAUAUUACGCCAUUGGGCAUAGCGGUCAAAACCCUGGUGAUCACUCCGAGGCACGUAACACCUCGCACGCUGACACGAUACAUCCACCUCAUGACUCCGUUCCCGGCCUUACUCUAUCUAUUCAAAGAGUUGAUCGUCAUAUUCUCGCCUGAUACCUUUUUCAACAAUGGUCUCACCACUGCUGAGGAAAGCAAAGGGACUGAAGGACGAUACGAGACGCUCGUUUACGAUCUCGUAUCUCUCAUGUCCGCGGAUACACCAUCUAUGGCUCAGCACCUCAAGUUGACCAUCGUCGGCAUAGGAAGAUUCCCUCAAGUCACAGGCUGUGGCAGUUCUACCACUGGUACUUCCACACCGUUAGACAUUCAGACGCAAUUUGAAUCGGAUAUCACGUCGGGGACAUGCUUCGACUUUCACGUUCCCCAAGCGAAGAAGGAGUUUGAAAAGUGUUCCAGACCGACUCGAUUCGUGGACCUGCCAGACUUCGCAGAGGAAGUGCGUGGCACUCAUCUGGAGUUCCUUGCGCCAAUUGCGCCAAAGGAUUGUACGUAGCAGGAUCACUUUGACAGACAUCUGUAUCAAAGUCUCCGUUGUAUUGUUCCGCGGUCAGACCUCCGAUAACUUCCUUCACGACAUGAGACGACAUGAAAUGCAU